UGGAUUGAAUGGGCGUUAUCAGUGGUUAUCAGCCUCAUAGAAAUGGGUCAGUAGGGGCCUGCUGCGCCUACUGGUAGGCUCAGAAGGCUGUUAUCAUCCAUUCGCAUGGUUAAUCACGGAUAAAUACACGAGAAGACUCCAGAUCCAAUCCCAGAACAAUCCAGGUCGCCGCUAACCGGAAGUCUGCUGGAUAACGGCAUAUGUAUACACAGAAUGCCUACUAUGAGCCGUUUUCCCUGGGGUUAUUCCUAUACUUACCUGAAGGCCAUAGCACCCAUGCUGUGUACAUGAAGGACAUGAAGGUCAUUAUCAGCACAGGACAGCUCUGCACCGUCACUGUCAAUAUGUGUGCGUGUGAACCAGAAGCCUGCACUCUGCUAAGGUAUGGGCUCUGGCCAGCAACAGCCGACAAGCCCCAGACAGCCUUUUCCAUCCCUCUGCUAGAGCUUUUUGUUUGUCUGUCACUCGAGUGUCAGGUUUCUGUUGAGGGUUUUUGCAACACCCUACGCUGGAAAAACAACCUUACACUUGCAGAGGUUAACGACCUCUACAGAGCCCUGGUGGGAGAAUCCAUAUCCCAGUUUAGGCAUUACCACUUUCGACAAAGAAGUUUGGUAGAUGUUUGCCCACACUUAGAUGAUGGGACCACAUGCCCAGCAUGUCCAAAGGCAGAUGGAGAUAUGAUAGUGACAUUGGAUGCCAACUUUGGCCUUGUGCGGAAGCAAAGCUCAGGGACAAGUGUGGUUGAGCCAUUUCAUGGAACCCGCAUGUUUGUUGAUGAAAAGGAUGUAGAGGAAUACCUUCUUUCACAUCCUGACGGCUCAAAGCCUAACGAGGACUGCAGUAACUUCAAGGCUGGCAACGUUCUGAGGUCCCAACAACAAGCAAAGAAACUUGAUGUUACAGGAGUGUUUGGAGCUUCCUGUCGUCAUGAAAUGCCGCUAAUGUUUGUCAACAUGAGCCAAGGAGAAAGAUUAGCCUAUCCUCUGUAUGUCAUUGAUGAGCUUCUUCGAAGACGUGAGGACAAGAACAUACACCUCAGAGUAGUCUAUGACAUUGCCUGUGUUGUUGCCUCACAUUUGCGUAAAUCAGGGGAGGGCAUACCACAAAACCUCUCCUUGGCCGUACCAGCUUUUCACAUUUAUGGACACAAAUUGCCCUGCCAGGUAAAUUCAUAAUUUGCUCUCUUUUUGGCAUCCAUUUUUUAUGUCUAUCCACUGUACACCUGAGAUAAGUACAAAUGCCUUAAAGUAAUCUUUAUUCUAACAUUUCCCCACCUAGUGUUUGACUUGUUUCAGAGAUGCACUGUUUAGUGAUAUAUUGGAAACCGCUUACAGUGUUCAUAUCUCUCCGGGUCAAGUUAAUAACUGUAAAUUGAUUGUUAUAAGCAAAUUUGUUUAUUUUUUAUGCUGAUUAAAAUCUAAUUUCUAUAAUUAUUACAUUAAUAUAAAGUAAUGAAAUGGACAGCUUUGCUACUGAUUUAAAAUAACAUAAACUGUAUCAGGGCCCUCUCCUGCUCCAAGCCCUUCAAGUCUGAAAGGUCAGGGUGAAAGCAUUACACUCCACUCAUAAAACCUACAGUAGGUCUACCUGCUCCUGUGAGAGACCAGGGCCAAUAAUUAUUCACCAUAAAAGUCUGAAACCGCAAGCAGAGCAAGAAAUGGAAGGCAAAAUAACUCACUGAGCCACAGUGGUGUGAGUAGAGGAAAAUAUCACAUGACGAGCUUAUGUACACA